AUGCACAGACAGGUAUUUAAGAGAUAUACCAAACGCAAAUUAGCACUAAAAGGUAACAAGUGUCAAGUAACAGGAGCAAGUAGAAAAGUCGAGUCAGGCUGCCUGCAUGAUGAUGAUGAUGUUGAUGAAAGCCAAGAACGGGUCCCCUGCGGACGAGGUGCUUCUCUGAUUUCCAAGUUUUGCGAUGUAUCUACUGACAACUGUCGAGGACGAUGCAGAUUGACAGAAAUUCUACCUGUAGCUACACAAAAUACCACACAGAACGACAGCGAAAUCCCUGAAGAUAUUACAAGAACGACAACCAGAACCCUCCGUGAGUGGAGGACUUUGUAAACCAAGAAUUCUAGCGCCUGGCAGCUGGAGCUGGAGUAGUCAGGUAUUAUCGGUCAGAGAGAUGUGCACUAGCGACCUAGGAGCUCGGCGGUCCUUAGCAGCGAGUCUAUGACGCUUGGCGCGUCACCGCGCCAGUGGUCGUUUUUGGAGCGCCGACUGGUGCGAUUUUGCUCACCGGAGUGAACAAAGGUCUUUCGCAGGGUUUUUCUUGUGUUGUGCGUAAUCCAAGUUGCUUGCUUCGCUAUCAUUACGAUACAGGGCGACGCCUUUGCGUGGAGUUUCAUAGCUGUUGCACUAGUUCUGUUCUGUCGAUUGCGUUGGUAUCGUUUUACGAUCGGGGCCCGCCACUCUUCUCAGCGAAAUCCAGGCACUUGGGAAAUCUGUCUUAGGAUUUGAAUUUGUGCUAGAUAGGAUGAGGUGUGUUGAGGACUACUUGGACAAAUAAAAUGACGUCACGUAGAAGUAGACGUAACUGAAUCCCUCAAGCAAAAGUAAAGCGGGGGCAAUUCAAUGCGCAGCAGUGUCCUCAGUAGAGUUGGACAAGGAUUGACUUUUCUCCCUACUUUGAUAGAGUAAGGCAACGCGAAUUAGACGUCUUUGCGGUCUGUGUUGUCUGACGGAUUGGAAAGUAAAGAUAAUAUGCUUGAUACAGGUGGAAAGUCGUCGCC